UGCCUCCACCACCACCUCGGAGACCGAGAGCGCAGAGCGCCCCGCGUGCGCUCAGAGCAGCCACAGGAAUCCUUCGGGCCUGCCCGCCGCAAAAUCCAACAUGAAAAUCAUCGUGGCCUUGGCCGUCUUUUUUCUCAUCUCCACUCAACUGUUCGCAGAAGAAAUCGGAGAUAACGAUGAUCUGAAUUAUUGGUCCGACUGGUCCGACAGCGACCAGAUCAAGGAGGAGCUGCCCGAGCCCUUUGAGCAUCUUCUGCAGAGAAUCGCCCGGAGACCCAAGCCUCAGCAGUUCUUCGGAUUAAUGGGCAAACGGGAUGCUGAUUCCUCAAUUGAAAAACAAGUGGCCCUGUUAAAGGCUCUUUAUGGGCAUGGCCAGAUCUCUCAUAAAAGGCAUAAAACAGAUUCCUUUGUUGGACUAAUGGGCAAAAGAGCUUUAAAUUCUGUGGCUUACGAAAGGCGUGCGAUGCAGGAUUAUGAAAGAAGACGUAAAUAAACCAGCUAAUGUGUAAUUUAUUGAGCUUCAUUUGUGUCAGUGGCCAGUGAAAGGUAAAAUGAGACAUGCACUAUGAGGAAUAAUUAUUUAAUAACAAUUGUUUUGAGUUGAAAACUCAAAAAACUGUUUUUCAUAUCGUGCCAAUAUGUGUUGUGAAAGUGUGUUAGAAUUCUAAUAGGACUCCCUCAGACAUAGAAGCCAGUGGUAAUUUCUCAACAAGGCACAGUGUUCAAUGAAAGUGAAAUACAGUCUUCAGAGAAAGAAGUCAUUUUUGUUUCUUGGAAGCAGGCACGUCAGCCACUGCUAAAGGAAAAGAAACUCACAGACAGGCUUGUGCUUCAUCUGUUUUCAUGGUGGAAAUGUACUAAGAUUUGGUAUAAAACUGUAUCCCUGCAGCAUGUUUCAUGUGUUGUGACUAUAUAGAGAUGUUUUUAAAGUUUUA